AUGCAUAAUAUUGUUAUUAUCAUUGUUCGGUCUGAAGGUGGGGAUGGUCUUGGUUUUGGAACGGCGAAAGCUACCCUUACUUGUGAGAGAGCUGGAAAAUAUAGGCUUAGAAAGUCGAAAGUUGCAAUAGAUGUGGAAAUAUUUACUGGAACAAAAAAGAUGUCGUGUCCCUUUAGACUUCAAGCAAAGGAGCAUGUUGGUGGCGGAUGGAGUGUAGUUGUUCGUCAUGGUAUGCACAAUCAUGAUCUUCCUAAUUACAACGAGGGUCGUGCGAUUAUUGCAAAGUUGAAACCACAUCAGUUGUCUAUAGUGAAAGAACUGUCGACUAGUCAUGUCAAGCCAAACAUGAUUAUGGCUAUUUUUAAGAAUUUGGAUCCUCGAAUCUUAACUACAGUAAAACAUAUUUACAAUGCUCUUCAAAAGUUAAAAACUGAAACAAUGGGAGUACCACACUAG